ACGACCUAUCAUCGCCAAUGGGAAUACCCAUGCUCCAUGCUAUUGCCUGCCUCGCCUGAGCAAAGGGUUUAAGCGUAACAGCACACUGCACCAGACCACGCUCAUUUACAGAGAGACAGAGAUGGGAUUGGGCGCUCUCAGGUCCAUCAUUCGUCCCCUAUCCAGAACCCUAGUGACCAGUACCUCCACUCUCUAUACGACGUCGUUUGGGGCCUCUUCUUCCUCUCCCAGACCCGAUUUCCGGUUCGUUUCCGGUUCUCUCCACUGGCUGCCUCGAUGGGUUCCGGUGGCUAACCAUUUUCACAGCUUAACGGACACUCGAUUUCCUAAGCGAAGACCCAGCGAUAAGCCUCGCAGAAAGAGGGCCAGCUUGAGACCUCCAGGACCGUAUGCUUGGGUUCAGUAUGUGCCCGGUGAACGAAUACUUCCUAACAGACCCAAUGAAGGAAGCGUCAAGGGGAGGAAAGAGAAGAAGCGUAUGAGGCUGCGCCGAGCAUUUAUAUUGUCAGAAGCAAAGAAGCGGAAAACUCAAUUGCAGGAGGCUAAGAGAAAGAAGAAUAUUAAGGGAGUAGAACGUAAGAUGGCUGCAGUGGCUAGGGAAAGAGCAUGGGCUCAAAGAUUGGCAGAAUUACAACAGCUUGAGGAAGAGAAGAAAAAAUCUGUGGCUUGAUGGUUCUUCUUGCAAAAACUUUUCUCAAGAUGGUAAUUCUGCUUACAACUUCUUGCCCCAUAAGAGUUUGACCUCAAAUCCUGUUUUUCUUUUCCCAGCUGCCCUCCAAAGAAAACCCUAAUUUCUUUUAUUAUACAUGUCAUUGCUUCCUAUCUGUAGGAUGCCUAAAAGAACCUCUCUGGCAUUUGUGACAUGAAAACCUGCUGUUCUUCCUGGAAUUUAUGGCAUCGGCCCUUCUUAAUGUACUAGGAAUUUUUUUGUUUUGCACAUUUUACACAUGGUAAUAUGGUAUUUAUCCUUUUCAAUACUUA